UGGUUAACGAUUUUGACAGCUCCUGCAUACAACCACUGAUAGAUAACCACUAUAGAGAGAUAGGGAGCAAAAGGGAGGGAGGGAGUAUAAAGAGAACGUUGUUGUGGCUGCCAUUUCAAAAAUCCCAAACAACAACAACUUUGAAUGUUGGAAGAAACAACAGCAAUUAUACAGCAUGUUUGAUACUUCAGUGUAUAGGAAUCUUGUAUUGGCAUUUUUGGCUCUUGUCGCCAUCAGUCAGGUGUACAAGUUGUAUCAUGUUUAUUCGAACAAUAAUAGUCAAAUCUCAGCAUUACGAGACUUGACUUGGAGUGAUAUCAAUUUCAUUCAUACUACUGAUACUCAUGGUUGGUAUUCUGGUCAUCUUAAUCAGAAGAUAUACAGUGCUGAUUGGGGGGAAUUCAUUUCAUUUACGAGUAGAUUGAAGGAGAUUGCUAAUGAAAAUAAUCAAGAUUUAUUAUUGAUUGAUAGUGGGGAUAGACAUGAUGGGAAUGGAUUAUCUGAUGUUACUGUACCUAAUGGAGUUAAAUCACUUCCUAUCUUUAUGAAAGAAGAUUAUGAUUUAUUAACCAUUGGUAAUCAUGAAUUAUAUUUAUGGGAAAAUUCAAGACAAGAAUAUGAAGUUUUAAUUGAACAUUUUAAGGGGAAUUAUCUUAGUUCAAAUGUUCAAUUUAAACUUGAUAAUGGUACAUUUGUUUCAUUUGGGGAUAAAUUUAAGUAUUUCACUACACCAAAUCAAAAAUUAAACGUCUUAUCCUUUGGAUUUCUUUUUGAUUUUGAUAGAUUUAAUGAUCAUUCAAAAGUUACAUCCAUAAAAGAAGUUAUCGACAAUGAACCUUGGUUUAAAGAGAUCUUAAAGAGUUAUCCUCCUGAUAAAGUGGAUUUAUUAUUACUUGUAACUCAUGUUCCAAUAUCUCGUAGUUGGCCUGAAUUAUAUUAUCUUCAUACUGUUCUUCGUGAAUUUUAUCCAACCACCAAAAUUCAAUAUUUUGGAGGUCAUAGUCAUAUUAGAGAUUUUAUUGUCUUGGAUCCUAAUGCUACUGCUUUACAAAGUGGAAGAUAUUGUGAAACUAUUGGAUGGACCAGUAUCAAUUUAACUACGGAGAAAUUCGAUGAUCGUUAUUCAAGAACUUAUAUUGAUUUCAAUAUUGAUUCAUUCCAACAUCAUUCAAAGAUAACUACUAAAUCCUUAUUUGAUACUGAAAGAGGAAUUGAAGUAUCUAACUUGAUUAAAACUACUAGAAAAGAAUUAAAGUUGAAUGAUCCAAUUGGGUAUGUUAAAAGUAGUAAUUAUUAUAUUGAUUAUGUUCCAAUAACUGAUUCUAAAAAUAUAUUCCAUUUAUUAACGAAAAAAAUCUUACCAACAUUGGUAACUGAGAAUGAAAACAUUACCACUCAUGAUGAAAGAAUCAUUAUUAUAAAUACUGGAUCUAUAAGAUAUGAUUUAUAUAAGGGAGCAUAUACUAUUGAUAGUCAAUAUAUUGUGUCCCCAUUUGAGAAUUUAUGGGUUAAAUUAACUUUACCAAAAGGUAUAGCUAUUCAAAUUGCACCAAUUUUAAAUGAUCAAGGAUAUAUUGCUAAACAUUUAACUCCACCUCAUCAUAUGGAUGAUGCUGAAAAUAAAAAUUCUUUAAAGAGACAAACUAGAUUUAGAUAUCCUGUAUUAGAUUUGACUGAAGCUGAUAAACAAACAAUUAAAAAUAGUAAAAAGAAAGCUAAAUUAACGAAAGGGUAUGUUACAUUUGAUGAUUUAGGUCAUGAUGGGGAUGAUACUCCUCAUAAGGCCGUGGUUAAUUUCCCAAUUCCCAAUGUGGUUGAUUCCCAAGAAUUAAAAAAGGGAACUCCAAAUGAUGAAUUAGUUGAUCUUGUGUUUUACGAUUUUAUUCAAAAAGAUAUAUUUUGGGCUCUUCAACAAUUGAAUUAUACUCUUGAAGAAGAUUCUAAUGAGCCUGAAUUUUAUUCAAAGAAAUAUUUAGGUACUCUAUUAAAUGAAUAUAUAAAAGAUAAAGGACUUUAGAUAUUAAUUCCUUUACUU